AUGGCCUCGCAUGCCGCCGCCGCUUCCGCCCCCACCGACAUCCACAUCGUCACCCUCAACUGCUGGGGCCUCAAGUACAUCUCGAAGCAGCGGCCCCAGCGCCUCGCCGAGAUUGCCCGCCGGCUCGCCCUCGCCGACCCCGCCCCGCACAUCGUCGCCCUGCAAGAGUGCUUCGUCCACGAUGACUACCUCGCCAUCCGUCGCGCCACGCGCCACGUCCUGCCCCACGGCAAGUUCUACUUUGCCGGCCCCUUCGGCGCCGGCCUCGCCCUCCUCUCGCGCUGGCCCAUAGAGGAGGCCGCCACGCUUCCCUACCCCCUCAACGGCCGGCCCACGGCCUUCUGGCGCGGCGACUGGUACGUCGGCAAGGGCGUCGCCUGUGCCACCCUGCGCUGCGACGAAGAUGAGCCUGGCAACGCCGAGUCUUGA